AUGACAUAAGAUUAAGAGUUUAACUUAGCAGAAACUAAAUUACUUAUAAAUAAUAUUUUUGAACAUCAUAUUUAUGAAUCUGAAACAAAAAAUUAGAUUUAAGUUGAUAUAUAAAUAGAGAUGGGUGAAGAAGAAGAAUNAUAAAAAGAGAAUUUAUAAGAAGGUGUUAAUUUUAGAAUGUCAGCAGGAUUUUCUUUUGAUUUUUUAUAAAGAGAAUCUGCUAUGUAUUUAGCUGCUACUGAAGAUGGUACUGUUCAUAGAUGCUCAAAAUCAUAUACAGAAUAAUAUUUAGAUAAUUAUUUUGGACAUUCUGGUCCAGUUUAUAAGGUUAGAUGUAAUCCUUUUUUUGGUGAUAUCUUUUUAACUUGUAGUGCUGAUUGGUCAUGUAAAUUAUGGAAUUGGACAGAAGAAUUACCUAAAGCAAAUUUCUAAGUAUUUAUAAUUUGAUGUAUAAAAGCAAUAAAAUUUAUAAGAUGAAGUAUUAGAUUUUGAAUGGUCUCCUCAUACUUCUGUAUUAUUUGCAUCAGUUUGUAAAGAUGGUAGAUUAGAAUUAUGGGAUUUAACUAAAAAUAAUAUGUUAGAUCCAUAUUUUACUAUUAUGCCAUAAGAUUAAUAAAUAUGGCCAGCUAAAACUAUGGUUAGAUUUGCUUAAAAUAGUCCAGUACUUAUUACUGGUGAUGCUAAAGGUGAUAUUAAUGCAUAUAGAUUAUAUGGUAAAUUUGUAUAUUGAAUAUGAAAGGUUAUGAAGAUAAUGAUCCAUUAUAAGAAGAAGAGAAAUUAAGGAAACUCUUAUAUCCUACAGGAUAUUCUAAGGGAUAAAAGGAAUAAAAGGAUUGA